AUGCCGUCAAUGACCUCAGGAGCACUUGCCGCCGUCCUCACUGCGCUCGUCGCGGCUUGCGGCGUGUCCGGUGCCGCAGUCCAGACGCGACAAGAGCAGCAGUCGACGCAUAUUCUGGCGGAUCUUGACUACGGCAUCUUCCAGGGUGCGUACUCCCAGCAGUACAACAUCUCGUACUGGCAGAAGAUCCCGUACGCUGCGCCGCCCGUGGGCGAGAAUCGGUUUCGGGGACCCCAGCCCCCGGCGGCUGUGGAGGGCGGUGUGUACGACUCCAGCCAGCCGUUUGAUAUGUGCCCCCAGCGGACGGUGAACGGUUCCGAAGACUGCCUGUACCUCGGCCUCUACUCCCGCCCCUGGACCAAAGGUCAGCCUCUGAAGCCCGUAGUCGUCACCUUUUACGGCGGCGGCUUCAUACAGGGUUCGGCCUACUUCAACAUCCCGCCCUCGGCGUACCCGAUUCUCAACGUCUCGACCUCGUCCGACAUGAUGUUUAUCUACCCCAACUACCGCACCAACGCCUUCGGCCUCCUCCCUGGUAAGGAGAUCGCGGCUGACCCCAAGUCGGACCUGAACCCGGGGUUGCUAGACCAAGAGGCCGUGUUGAAAUGGACCAAGAAGUACGUUCAGCACUUUGGCGGCAACCCGGACGAUGUGACGGUGUGGGGCCAGUCGGCGGGCGGUGGCAGCGUCUUGGCCCAGGCUCUCGGCAGGGGAGGGAAGCAGAAGUUGUUCCGCAAGGCGAUGGCGAGCAGCCCCUUCUGGCCCAAGACGUAUGCCUACGACAGCCCCGAGGCGCAGGCUCUCUACGACGAGCUCGCUGCUCGUACGGGAUGCGCUGGGCCCGACAGCUUGGCCUGUCUGAAGAAGGCCGACGUCCAGGCCAUCCGAGAUGCCAGUCUCGUCAUCUCAGGCUCUCAUGUGACGAACACGUCCUCCUUCACCUGGUCUCCCGUCAUCGAUGGGGACUUCUUGCAGGAACCGCUGUCUUCGGCUGCCGCCGCCGGCAAGGUGAACAUGGAGCUGGCCUUUGCCAUGCAUAACACGCACGAGGGCGAGAAUUUCCUGCCCGCUGGUCUCCAGAGCGCGGCGGACGCGGGAUCGCCACCCUUCAACUCCAGCGACGCCUCAUUCGAUAAGUGGCUGAGAGGAUUCCUCCCGGGCUUCGGCGACUGCGAGAUCGAAGGCGUGAAGAGGUUGUACCCUGCGAACGGCACCACCGAGACGAUUUCGUAUGACACGAACUACGUGCGGGCAGGCCUCAUUUACCGGGACGUCGUUUUGUCGUGCCCGGCACUGUGGUUUGCCGGUGCUGCGCCAAAGGGUGGGUGGCUUGGGGAGUACUCGCUCAACCCAUCGAAGCAUGCCAGCGAUACUGUUUGGUGGAACCAGAUCAACGCCGUGCAGAAGUCGGACCCUGCUCGUUACCAAGGCUAUGCUGGUGCUUUCGCCUCUUUCUUUCAGACUGGCGACCCCAACGCCCUCAAGUUGUCACCCUCGACAGCUGCAGGCGUACCAUCCCUCAAUGAGAGCAAGGAAUGGGUGAUUGAGGCGGCGGGAUUCGCGACCGCUGACCUGGGUCAGCUGGAGAAGAGAUGUGGAUUCUGGAAAAAGACGGCUGCAAAGAUACCCAUGUGA